GCGAACUUGAAAUGGUGAUGUAAAAUGUGUUAAUAGGACAAAUAUUUCCAAAUUUUACCGUGGUUGCUUCAGCUCUGUUCGCGUUUUCUUCCUUGUCUGCUGUGUGCCAGAUAUCAGAUAUUUUUUCGGUCACUGUCGCAAAUUGUAAUCUACAAUUUUCUCUGAAGACGAUGCAUUGGAAAAGCAUUUGUAAACAUUUAAGUGUUUUAAGUGAAGGAAAUUCGCAAACGGAAAUCAGUUUUUGCUCUUGUCGUUGCUACGGUUAUAUGUAGAUAUAAAAUGGUGCUGAAAAAUUUUUUGUGUUGAAUUGUUUGUUCAUUUACAUUUCUACAUCACAUCGAAAAAAAGGCGUUCGUAUAUCAAGUGUAGAGGUAACAGCUGCAUCUGCAGCCAACGAGUGAAACAUAGUACCAGAGUACGAAGGUAUUUGAUGCAGCAUUAAAAGAAACUACGGAGGGCAGAAUUUCACCAUAUAGUAUAUUCAACCAAAGGCAGCUAGAAAUCUUAAGUACUGAGAAAACUUCAUCCAGGUGUAUAUCGAUAUUCUGCCCUCAAAAGUUGGAUUAUCUCAAAAGGGAGUAAAUAAGUGCAUAUAUUCAAAACAGCUGUGUAGUAUUCAUUUCAUGGAAACCUGAUUGUAAUCCUGUGUGUCUAACUCCUCUCGAUUGCUGAUAAAAAUGGGCGCAACUGCUUCGACUGGCGGUUACCCAAUGCCGGCGGCCUCAAGCAGCAAUAGUGGAGGUGGAGGUAGCUCUAGCCUGCUGUUGCCUUCUUCAGCUGCACUAGCAACCAGUGUUUCUGGAAGCAGUGGUGGUGGUCCAGGUAGCAGCUCCUCUGUCAUGGGUGCCGCAGGUGCUGGUGUUCCUCAUUUCCGGGAGCAGCGUCGAAAGCGAGUGACUGGCUUUGCCACACUGAAGCGGAAAUUCAUACGUCGGCGACGCUCUUCAAAAGCCUGUGAUCAUGCGCGUGUACUUCGCGAUUUCGUAUCCGACUGGACCCCGCUCGAGCUAGCAGCGUUAUGUGAGGAAUAUGAAGCGUUGGCCGCUCUAAGAGAUCUAUCGGUGCAAGCGGAGCUGGCGCGUCCUCCUGCAACAACAUUCAAGCAGGAUUUAGCCGCAAUUUACGAUUUGAAAACUUGCACUGACUGUGAUCUUGUGUUUCGCGGCUCUAUUUUUCCGGUACAUCGGUCGAUAUUAUCUUCGCGCUGUUCGUAUUUCAGAGAUUUACUGGCGGGCUGUCCGGGUUUCGGUGCCCGCAUUUGUUUAGAAUUGCCAACAUCGCCCAUAGAUGUUCAGCUGUUCUCAUCGUUAUUGCGUUACCUGUACACGGGUGAUCUAUGUCCACAUGACCCCUCUAUGGAUAUUAGUUUACUCCGGCAGCUGGGAGAUGACUUUGGCACGCCGAAUCCGUUGGAGCAUGACUUGCGGUAUUUGCUCGAAACCGGGGAUUAUGCUGAUGCGGCGUUGGUGUUCACAGCAGAAGGCACCGAUUAUCAUCGGCCAGAUUCAGGAAGUUCCGAGUACGGAUUUCGACCGAAACUCGAAUUACCUUGCCACAAGGCAAUCCUUAGCGCCCGGUCGCCCUUCUUUCGGAAUCUCAUAGCACGUCGUACGCGCAAUAUUGACGAGUACACAGAGCGAGCAUUGCAUGUGCCCACUCGAAUCGUACUUGAUGAGACAGUGAUACCAAAACGAUAUGCGCGAGUGCUAUUGCAUGCCAUCUACCUGGACACAGUCGAUCUGACGUUAAUAUUACGUGGCGCAGGGUCGGGAAAUUCGGCGGGAUCACUGGGCGAGGUGCACGCUUUGACGAAUACGGGACGUGCGCGACCCACGCCCUUAGAGGAGGCUAUGGAACUGUAUCAGAUUGGAAGGUUUCUCGAAUUAGACAUUCUAGCGCAAGGUUGCGAGGAUCUGAUACUUGAGUGGUUAACGUUGGAUACACUACCGACGGUGCUUAAGUGGGGAUCUCAGGUGCGCAAACUUAUUUUGAAUGAAAUAGUUUAAGAUAGCAGCUAAUUUAGAUUUCUCAAGUG